AUGAGUGGAACUAAUUCUUUAAGGCCAAAAGAUAAUGAUGUCAACACGAUCGCCAAUUAUUUACGAAAGAAAACUAGGCUAUCGCCUAAAAUUGGGCUUGUUUGUGGCAAAGGAUUAGAUGCUGUUGCUAAUAUCAUACAGAAAAAGCAAGUCAUUAGUUGUUCAUCUUUGCCUUGUUUUCCAUCACCAAAUUAUAAAGCUACUUCAGAUCAUGACUUAAUUUUUGGCCUGGUUAGUGGCAAACCAGUUAUCUGUAUUCAAGGACAAUAUCAUAUGUAUGAAGGAUUCUCCAUUGAAACGGUUAUUCUUCCCAUUAAGAUAAUGUUCGCGCUAGGCGUGGAAAUCCUACUUACCAUUGGCGUAUCUCGUAGUUUAAAUCCAGACUUUGAUAUUGGAGAUAUUGUUUUAGUUAAAGACCACAUCAACUUACCUAGUUUAUGUGGUACAGAUUCUGCCUGUUAUGGUACUACAAAGCAAACCAGGCAGUUAAAUGGGACACCGAUUGUAAAAUCGAAUGCUUACGAUGUGCGUUUGCGAAGUGUUGUGGAAUCAUCUGCUAGAACUUGUGGAAUAGGAGAAUUAAUUCGCCAAGGAACUUUAAUGUUUGUUUCAGGUCCUUCUCUAGAAUCUAACGCUGAACUUAGAUUUAUACGUACCCUUGGCAUGGAUAUGUUAGCAAUGGAUACUGUCCCAGAGGUUACGAUGGGAAUGCAUUGCAAUAUGCGAAUUUGCGCUUUAUUAAUAAUAACUUAUAAAGAUGUUGGCAGCGAAAUUGGAGGGGAUGUAUCCAUGGAGCAUCAAAUGUUAGAGACAGCUAGGGUUCGAAUAACUGAUUUGCAAUCUUUAGUAUGUAAUGUAAUUGGUACAAUUACUGUAGAAAGCUAA